AUGGAGAAGGAUGAUGAUGAUUAUCAUAGAAGGCAGAGGGUCUCACAUUCCCACUGUGUAAUGGAAGCUAUGAGUCUUCUUCCUAAGCAAAAAGUUACUGCUGCAUUGCGGAUGCUUGCAUAUGAAGCAUCUGCAGAUCAAGUGGAUGGGACAACGAGGAUGGAAAAAUCAACUGUUCUAGAGUCUCUGGUGCGGUUUUGCUCCGCAAUCGAAGCCCUCUAUACGAAGGAGUACCUCCGGAAAUCGACGUCUAUGGAUCUACGAAGGCUAUUAAGGAAGGGAGCUAAGAAUGACAUAAAUGUCCUUGCCCAAUCUCUAGUGUUCGACGAAUUACUGCAAGGAAAAGCACCCAGAGUCACAUAUUCAGUCAAUGGCCAUACAUACGAACAAUUGUCAUCUGCCAGAAUGUUUAAUGUUGAAGCACUUCAAUCCAUCAUGAUGAUGUGUAUCAUUCUCCACAACAUGAUUGUGGAAGAUAAGUAUGAUUAUGAUGUCGUCGACGAAUAG